AUGACGCCGGACAAAUCCCCAGGUCCUAAUGGUUUUAGUCCGGGUUUUUUCCAGCAUUUUUGGAAAGAAAUCGGUGAGGAGGUAUCGAGGUUCAUCAUUGAUUGUUUGAACGGUGGCAACUUCCCGGAAGGUCAAGUUGUAAAUUAUGGGAAGUCUUGCAUAAUUUAUAGCAGGAACACAAUUGAGGCUAGGCAAAAUGAAGUGGCCCCCAUUUUUAAUGUGGAGCAAGUGAGUAAUAUUGACAAGUAUCUUGGGCUUCCUUUGGGAAUUGGGCACAAUAAAAAGGAAGUAUUUUCCUUUAUUGGAACAAAGUUGAUUCAACGUGUUGGAGGGUGGCAUAAAAAGAUCUUGUCAAGGACAGAAAAAGAGGAAUCUGGCAAUAAUCGUGGAGGGGGCAUAAGGUGGAUGUCAUGGAGUCGUAUGUGUGAGAGGAAGGUGGAUGGCGGGUUGAGAUUUAAAAAGUUUAGCAGAUUCAAUAUUGCACUUCUGGCCAAACAAGGCUGGCGUCUUUUGAAAAAUCCUAACUCUUUGGUGGCACAUUUGUAUAAGGCUCGUUACUAUCCAAAUACUGACUUUAUGAAUGCUAAACUGGGUGUGAAUCCCAGUUAUUGCUGGCGAUCAAUUCUUGCUGGUCAGGACAUUCUACGUCGCGGUUGUAUUGUAGGAUUGAUCGGUGAUAUGUUGGUUAGUGAUUUAAUUCACAAUGAUACUCAUGAAUGGAAUGUUGAUUUACUGUCCAUAUUAUUUGAUAGCCGUGAUGUGGAACUCAUUCAGAAAAUGCAUGUUGCUUAUCAUUAUGAGGAUGAAUGGCUAUCUCUCUGGAAGUGGCAAGGACUAUUCAUGAAUGACGAGAAUUCCGAGAGGCUACUGCUUCAAGCAUUGUUCCUUUGCCUGGAUAGUACGGGAAGCUACAUGGCAGCGAAGAAUGGUCCUCUACGAUGUCUCAAUGACGCACAUUUGGCGGAGGCUCUUGCUUUUAAGGAAGCACUGUCGUGGGUUAUGGAUCUGAGGCUUUCAUAA